AUGUCUCCGGGAGCGGAUCGGAUGGCAAAAUCCGAUUCAAAACUAGAAGCCAGCUUGCGGGACCUGCUGAAAGCAAUAGAGAAAGCAAACCUCAAGGAAAAGGAAAUUUACGCAUUGUUCGGUCCGGUUCGGUGGCGUUUGUGGCGUAAAGUGGUGUUCCGAUGGUGUACCGGAAUGCUGAUGUUUAUGGCCAUGUGCUUAGCCGUCGUUUACGUUCCAACGGUGAACUGGCAUGUGGCGGCAGUUGGCCGGUUGGUCAUGCUCGAGCUCCUACCAUAUUGGGAUUGGACUCCACUGUAUCGUGCUAAAUGUUUGAUUGCUAAAUCAAGUGAAAAUGCUGGCACGGAUAAAUUGGAAAUACUACCAGCUUUUCCGGACGAUUGUGCCGUUUGCCAGAAUGUGGAAACAAUUUCAUCGCGCGAAAAUGUGUCCUACGAAACAUUAUUUCGACAUCACCUGAUUCGCAAAGUUCCAACCGUCGUCAAGAAUGCCCAUCCACCUUGGAAUGCAAACGUACGCUACGGAAGCGAUUGGAAAAGAUUCGCAGCGGACCUCGAAGACCUGCUGUUCGCCAAUCCUUGCGACUUUCGCACCAACCUUCUGUUCAAAGCUUCCACGGCCAAGACGUCCGCUCUGGCGCGCAUGCUGGACCUCAUUGGCGAAUUCAAAUCCGAUGCCGAAGGCCCCGACGGUUGGUUCGUUCAGCUGCGAAACUGUGCUCUUAAACCGCUGAAGAAAACGAGAGUCAUGUUCCGAAAGCCAUACUUCUACGCCCCCCACUGGGAACCGCCAUACACCAGCUGGGUGCUGCUUUCGCAGGCCUACCGAGGAUCGUUUGAACUGACACCGCAUGUGGCCGGACUGGUGAUAGUGAACCAACUGCGUAGCCAGCUGCAGCUAACGCUAAGACCACGAACGGAAUGUGAGGGAUUAUGUCGUCCCAUGUGGCUUACGCUUCGGGAGCAGCAAUCUUUGGUGUUUUCUACCGCCCUGUGGAACUUGAGCUACUUUCCAUCGGAACUUAAUCAGACUUCCGUGACGUUCGUUACCGAAACGUACGAAGAUGUGUAA